UUCCAAGUGAGGUCAGCAAAAGGUAUUUAUCGAAAAGCAUUGAACAACAACAGGCUCAACACACACACAGAAAACCCCUCUUGCGUGUUGAUUUAUGGAAACAAUUAGGAUCCUGCUGGAGUUUUUCUGAGUUGAGAAAUAGUUUGUCACUACAGAAUCUCAUGUUGCAAAGAGCAGGCAGCAGAGAUGGAAUACGCGUAUAUCCUGCUGUUAUCAACAAGAACCAUCCUUUUACAUCUGACAGCAAGUCCAAGUAGUCCUGAAUGUUACAACCGCCAGCUUUAUUCAGUUCUGACAUUCUGAGGAACUCUGUGAAAGCGAAUCACCAUUUGGACAUCCAAGUUUGAAUGAAUACAUAGCAAAAGCUAACACAAUCCUAGAAGUAUUUUACAUCAAAUUGAUUUACAUCAACAGGUCUUGGACCUAUCAACCAAAACCCUGAGAUUUAAGUUUCAUUAUGAUGUUCAUGAACACCCAGAGCACUGCACUAUAAUGCGCAAAUGGAUACUAAUUUGGAUCCUGCCAACCUUGCUCUACAGACCAUACUUUCACAUAAUAUUUCUGCUGGGCACUCUUUCUCUAGCUUGCAAUGACAUGACUCCAGAGCAAAUGGCUGUAAAUGUGAACUGCUCUAGCCCUGAGAGGCAUACCAGAAGUUACGAUUAUAUGGAGGGUGGGGAUGUACGGAUAAGGAAACUUUUUUGUCGAACACAGUGGUAUCUGUGGAUUGAUAAGCGGGGAAACGUGAAGGGUACACAGGAUGCAAACAACAGCUACAGUGUUAUGGAAAUCAGAACAGUGUCUGUUGGGAUUGUGGCAAUCAAGGGAGUACAAAGUGAAUAUUUUCUAGCCAUGAAUAAGUCUGGAAAGGUCUAUGGAAAGAAAUCCUGCAACGAAGACUGCAACUUCAAGGAGCUAAUUCAAGAGAAUCGUUACAACACCUAUGCAUCAGCAAAGUGGACACAUAAUGGAAGAGAGAUGUUUGUUGCUUUAAACAGCAAAGGGUCUCCUUUAAAAGGGAAAAAGUCCAAGAAAGAACAGAAAGCCUCACAUUUUCUUCCAGUGCCAACCUCCUAAAAAUGUACACAGUCUACAACUAAACAGUUCCAGCACAAAUAAUUUUUUAUUUUAAUAAUAUUAUAAAUAAUAAUAAUAAUUAUAAAACAUAUAAAGGACACAAAAAGCUGGAUCUACUACUGAAAAGCCAAACAAGCUGGACUUGCGCAUUUAUGUGGAUUUAUAAAGACUGCUCCCAGAAAAAAAAUGACAAAAAAAUGUAAAAAUUAGCCCAGACAAGAUAUUGUUGAAUGCAAGUUGUAAAAAUUCUGAACUGUUGUACAAACAUAUGUUAGUAAUACUCAUAGAGUAUUAUUUUUUUUUUGUUAAAUUAUCUAACCCCAAAGAAGGAGGAUUGACUUGAUUAUCUGAUGAUUUUAAUUGUAAAAUAAAUAAAUCUGCUUAUUAAGUAUGGCUGCUAUAAAAAAAAAUGUCCUUUAUUGUUAAGGAGCAGAUAAUAGUGUUGUGUAAAAUAUGUCAGAUUUGUGGGCUGCUGGAAUGAUGUCAGAUUUUCAAGUCAAUUCUGCAUCUAGACAUUGAGCAGUGCAUUAUAAAAAAAAACCCUAUUGAAAAACUGUAUGCACACUAUUAUAUAAAAUAUAGAAAAUAUUUUAUUUUUGUAAUUUUUGUGACUAUGGCAUUCAAAUAAAAAAUUAUUUUUGGAAUGAGGCUACAACAUCACUUACUAUUGUAACCUCAUUCUUAAGAAUGCCUAAUGCUGCUCAUAUUUUAAGGCAACAGUACUACCAAUACAUUACUCACUUGUCCAUGUGCAGUUUGGUCAACAUAUGAGAACAAAUUCUCGCAAUAUUGACUUUUAAUAAAAGCAUUUCAUAUAUAUAAAA